UUUCUAUCGGCUCCUCCUCUCCUCUCCUCCUCUUCUCCCUCGCAUGGACCAUCCUACUCUCCUGUCAAUCCACCCAUUAUCCACUUCUACCCAUCCAUUCAGUCGACCACUUUGGUUCCCUCCACUUUUCCCUUCUUUUCCCUGUCCUCCGUACUAAAAUAGUCCCCCCAUUUCCUCGUCUUUUGCCCCCUGACUGUCCUUUGGGAUCGUCUCCUGUCAUUGGCCGUUUUUAUAUUAAUUUUCAUUUUUUUCUACUUUGAUUUAUCGAAUUUCUUUAUAUAUUCCUAUAUUUGAUCUUUGAUCUUUGAUAUUUGAUAUUUUACGCCUCCUAUUUUCCAUCCUCGAUUCCAUCAUUCCCAUCAUCCUUGGUUGAGCUCAAACUUAACCAUCAGUUGCUUUGGUUUGUCCUUGCAGAUAGAUACCCGCUUUGGCCUGCUGCUACUUUCGGGUCUGGUUCUUGUCCUAGCUUUGCUUCUCUGGUUCCUCCCAAGCAUUUCCCUCUCCUCAUCCCCUCUCCAUUGUUACUUUGUUCUUCUCUUGGUCGCUUCUGUUUUCCGCUCCUCUACUCUUCCCCCCCAAACCUUGAUCCCAUCAUGGCCACGGGUCCGGCAACUCAAUCUUUGAAGUGUGUGGUGACCGGUGAUGGUGCCGUUGGAAAAACAUGUCUCCUGAUCUCGUACACCACCAACGCCUUCCCCGGGGAAUACAUCCCAACUGUAUUCGAUAACUAUACGGCCAGUGUUAUGGUGGAUGGGAAGCCCAUCAGCUUAGGACUGUGGGAUACUGCUGGACAGGAAGAUUACGAUCGCCUUCGCCCGCUCUCCUACCCCCAGACCGAUGUCUUCCUCAUCUGCUUCUCCAUCGUCAGCCCUCCCUCCUUUGACAACGUCAAAGCCAAGUGGUUCCCCGAAAUCGAACACCACGCGCCCGGAGUGCCCAUCAUCCUUGUCGGCACCAAGCUCGAUCUGAGGGACGACCACGCCACCAUCACAACCUUGCGCCAGAGAAAGAUGGAGCCGGUAUCCUACGAGCAAGCGCUCUCCGUGGCCAAGGAGAUUCGCGCCCACAAGUAUUUAGAAUGUUCCGCCCUCACCCAGCGCAAUCUGAAGAGCGUUUUUGACGAGGCGAUUCGGGCCGUGCUGAACCCUCGACCCGCCACCAAGCAAAGGGGCAAGAAGUGCCUCAUCCUGUGAUUUCCCUUUGCUCGUUUGAUCUCUUAAUAAUCACCAUUAAUACACGGCGUCUAAGUUGGUGGGGGUUCGGUUAUGUCCCCCUGAUGAUUGUUUGGUUCUGCCCUCUCCUCCUUCUCCUACUCCUCAUAUUUGAUCCGCUUUUGAUCACUUGGUCCGAUUUGAUCACUUGCUCCAACUUGACCACUUGGUCCGACUUGAUCACUUGGUCCGCACUUGGUCCGCAUCUUUAAUCCGGUGCUGGUCCUUCCUCCGGGUCCAACUCUUUCUCCCUCUUGCUCCUCCUAAUGCAGUAUAAAGAUGUAACAUGUCAAACAAUAUCACGCAAUGAAUGUCCCUUGAUGGGUUUGCCGGUCUCUCUUUCCAAG